GCGCCGGUGCGGUAGGUCACACACCGGCAACGAACCGAAGAACUAAACAACUCGCGAACGAGCGCAUUCACCAAACGAACUUUUAACUUACGAACUUUACAAACUCAAUACACAGUACUUAAGUACAAGUUUUAGUUUUAAUUUUAAAAGUGAAUAAUAAAAUUAAAUUAAGUUUAAUUAAUCUAAGUUAAAUUGUGUGAGGAUUUUUAAUUAUUUGGAGAUAAAUUUAAAGGUAAUUUAUGAUCGUGCAUAGUGUGGUGAAGAAGCAGACGAUCAAGCGAAGAACACGAAGGUUCUAAGGUCGAGUCCGAGAGUUCUCGCCUUGAAGAUUCAAAGAGUUGCUUGAGACCUCCUGGCGGGUGGCGUGGCAAACGAAAAACCCGCACACUAGGCUCGAGCUGCGAGCACCAAACAAACCAGUACCAGCACACCAGCACACCAGCAGGUCUUCUAUCUUAACAUAUCCCGUGGUAUUGUUGCACUCCGCCGGCGAGAUGUGGGUGUGGAGGCACGCACGGAUGUUGGCGGCUGCGAAGAACGGCCAGCGACGAUGAACGCCAACUCUUCAGCGAGGCUAUAUUCCACUACCAAACAAAAUUCAGGUCUAGAUAUACACGAAAAUCAACUGCAGACACCGUUAAUUGUCAAAAAAUCGUCGUCUUUGUUAUCAUUGAACCAGUCGCAAAUAUUCGAACCCAGAAUGGCCCAAUUAGAAACCCUCGAGGCGAGAAUGGCCAGUAUUGAAGUAUCUUUAUCAUCAACCCCACGCCGCAAGAAAAAUGGAAGUCUAAGUGGAUCGGUGCGAUCGAUCCCGAAAGAUGUGACAGCGUCCAAAGAACUCGAAAGUCUUCGGAAUGCUCUCCGUGAUAAGGAGAAUAUUAUCCAGACAUUGAGAGGUCAGCUGAGUAUUCCGGCAGUGGUGCGUCUCAACCACAACAUUCGCAAUUGCGGUAAUAACAAUAACAAUGGUUUACUGCGUGAACUCUCCGACGCGGAGAAGAAACAAGCCGAGGAACGUCUUGCCAGACUACGGAAUGACACCGACGCUAAACGAUUAGAUAAAAAUUUAAAAAUGGCGCUUGAACGAUUAGAUAUCACAGAUAAUAUUGAUGUGCGUAUACAACAAGCCGAGCUGGAAUAUCAAUUGGGUCGCGAAGAAUUAAAUCUUCUUACGUUGCUGGAAGAAACCAGAACACUGCAGCAUUGUCUCGAGGAGUGCAAUAAAAAGGCACACGAUUCGCAUACGCUGUACAGUUGUUUGAGUACAAACGAAGUGGUCAGCUUGCACGUCGCCGAAAUCGUUUGUGAUCCGAAAAGUCCCCGUUUCGGCGCCGGUCAAAACGAAACCAGUCCCGGGCUGUACAUCGAAUGGGCGUUGGAUGAUACCGGCUUGCAAAAAGGGGACAGGUUGAUAGAAGUAAAUGGUAAAAUGGUCCUAACAAAAACACGAGAUGAUGUAACGAGAUUACUUCAAGCCGCACCUGACCCAGCAACAUUAGUGGUCCUCCGUAAAGGAAUCCAUGGUAAAGUGCCGGUCAUAUCAACAAACCACGCAAAUAAUGAAGUUUCUGCGCUGCGUUGCGAACUGGAGGCUGUUAAAGAACGCGCCGAAGAGGCACAACGAGCCAAGGAUGGCAUGCGAUCUGAUAACAUACGAUUGACACAUAGGAUAUCCUAUUUAGAAGAGCAGGUUUCUGAAUUACUCUCUCGGAAACCAGAUGCUGACAUUCGGAUACUAAACCAGAGCCCAAUCAUAACCUCAACCGUGAAAACAAAUCAAAACAUCACUAAUAUCAACAUAAGUUCACAACCCACGAUUGUACCGAAACAAAAUGGCGAUCAACACAUUCCUUUGCCGUUAAGGUCAAAGAGUAGUCUAUCAAAUGUGUCAAACACUUUGAUAUCAGCUCCCAGUCCACAACCCUCUGACCAUUCUUGCCACAAAUCUCAUCGACAUUCCAAACACCGUUCUAGAAGUGGUUUGUUACUUUCGACAAGCACACAUAACCUAGAACCCAAGAAACAUAACCACCAUCAUCACCAUCACCAUCGAGAGAAAGAUUACAGUUCUGAGACUAAUUCAGCAAUGGAAUAUCGUACACCCAGAAAAUGGUCCGAUCAAACCACUCCGACCAAUGAAUACAACUCCAGUGGUAAUAUUAUGGACCAAAGUUAUCGGAAAGCAACAAAAAUCGUUCAGGACCUCACGAAAAACAACGGACAUUUAUAUGAGAAGCAUAAAUCUGCUUCUAAGUGUAUCGGAAGUUCAGAAAAAUACAAUUCAGAGAUGUUGAAACAUUACAACGCAAGAAAAUCCACCUCAGUGAUGGAUUUCCGUUCGGAAAUUCAACUGGGACCCAAAUAUGGUCCAGAUUCAAGGAGUGUAGAAGAAUUGGAUACAAUCACAGCAAUGGAACCCAAGAAAGAAUCAAACAACACCAGGAGAUUGUAUAAAAAUUACGAAGCAAGAAGUGUUAAAUCUCUAGACUUUGACAGUGAUAGAAACACUGACUAUGCCUCAGAACCAUCGAAACCCAGACCAACUCCUCCCAAGAAACCUCUCAGAUUAUCUCUACACCGAGCGCAGAGUCUACAAUCAGUAGAAACGCCUCCAGCGACUCCGAAUGGCUCCCCACCGAAUGACAAUCGCAAGGCGAUGAAACGAAACUACAAAGGGGAGGCCCCACAUCCAGGAAGCAUCAACGGAUUGAAUUUAACCCAUCAGGGUGUGAUUUUAAACACUGAGAAAGUGAAUGGAUACACGGUGAAAGCAGAUUACAACCAGAAUGGACACACGAAUGGGCAGACCAAUGGAGAUGUCAAAUGGACCAGUUUUGCGCAGACAACGCAGAAUAAACGAGAUAUUUUGCUCGAAAUGCAUCGAGAACAACGAGAACAACGGGAACAGCGAGAUUUGCGAGAGCAUACAAGGCGCGAUGUGCGCGAAAGCAAUUUUCGUGACCAAAGCAAACACCACUGGUGCUAAUGAUGAAUUAUUCACGGAGUUAAUUCGCAGGUAGCACUUCAGUAUGCAAUAUGAUGUUUAAAUGUGCUCUUUAUAUAAUAUUUAUAUAUGAUUAUAGUAUAAAUAUCUAUAUAUGUAAUAAAUAUUUUACUACUACGAAUGUAUUAUGAAUAUAAACACGAUUUUAAAUUAG